ACAGUGGAGUGGGAGUUCACGAACGAUUACGAGUACAAUAUUAUUAAUAAAAGCAGUGUCAAUAACUAUUAAGUGAAGUCGAAGAAGGUAUUUUGAUGAUGAUGAAUUUUCGAGAUUAACCGACCGACCUAGUUAUGGACCAAAAGAAACUUGAGGCUCUAUCAAAGGAGGAGGUAAUUCAAAAAUACAAAAACCUCCUUAUCAUCGCCCAAAAAGCCAAAGCAGCAAAGGAUGGAAACCUUUUGAAUGAAUAUUUCUUGUCCUUGGAGCCAGAAAUUGAUGCCCAAGAGCAGGUUAAAAAAUUGGAACAGGCUGUCGCAGAGAGCGAUGAAGAGAAGAAAAAGGUCAUCAGUGAAAAGGAGAAACUCGAUGCCCUCACUGGAGAUCAAGGAGUUCAGCUCGAGAGUCUUCGGCGACAACUUUGCCGGGCUGAGGCUGACUGCUCCGUGCUGGAAACUCAGCUGGAGAGUUUAGACUCUGAAAACAGACGCUUGUCCCAGUUAGCGAACGACGCGGAAAUGCAGCUUCGGCUGGGCGCUGAGAUCAGGCAGGAUGCAUUGGAGGGAAUGGGAGAAGAACUCGCCAAUGUGAAAAACACUGCUGUUGAGGCACUGGCUGAGAGAGACUCGCUUCGCGCUAGACUUCGUGAGCAGAACCCCAAUGGUGGUGGAACUGAGACGCUUGAGUCGUGUCAAAGCAAAAUCCAGUCGUUGAAAACGUCUCAAUGUCAGCUCCGAACAGACAUCACGAGCAUGCAGUCAGAGGCGAGGGCGAUGGUUGUGGAGCUAGAGCAAGCCUUGAUGAAGGCACAAGAGGCGACAGAAGAGGUCGCACGCACCACAACCAAAGACAUGCUUGCUGAAAUGAACGAAGCGAUGAAAACUCGUGGAGAAGUUGCGGCCCAGCUGGCAGAGAAGUUAAGCGCCGUGGAGAGAGAACUGGAAGCUUGCAGGGCAGAAAAGAACGCUGCCAAGGAGGAGAGAAAUUCAUUGAGUUCAGCAAACGAGCGGUUGAUGAAAGAAAUCGAGUCGGUCUCUGCCGAGUCUCAGAGCGCUAAACAAGAACUGGAACGGCUGCAUGCGUUUGAGGAAAGCUCUAAACUUGAAGUGGAAAAGCUGCGAGAGGAGCUCGACAACGCUCGUAAAGGUGUGGUGGAGCUGGAGGAGCAGCUGAAUGAGAAGACGCGUGAAAUAAACGAUGUGAAUGAAGAGUUUGCCAAGCUCCAGUCCAAUUUUGAGGAGUUCAAAGCCAAUAACUAUGAGAACAGCAAGGAGAUUGACAAACUCGAGGAGAAAUGCCGGCAGUUGGUUGAAAUGAAUAGAGAAAAAGAUUCGCUCUUGGACGGAAUCCAGCUGAAAAUGGCAGAUUCUGAAACUGAGGGUGCUUCAGCGAUCGAUGGGGUUCAGUCAGAAUUAGAGCAGAAGCGUGAGGAGCUGAGCCUUCUCACAGCCAAGCUGAAACUUCAGGAGAUGAAAUUACAAGAGCUUGAUGACAAUAAUAAUGACCUUUGCACAAAACUCAAGGCUUUUGAGGGUUACAAAUCAGAAGUUCAGCAGACUGUUGAGAAAAUGAGGCAAGAUUAUUCAGCACAGCUACUUGACAACAAAAACGAAAUUCUGUCGCUUGCUGAAUCGAAGCUUCGGGCUGAGUACGCUUUGGCAGAAGAAAAGAAACUUACUGAAAGUCUGCAAGUCUCCCAUACAAGCCUGACAGAGAAGGUAGCCACCCUUGAGGAAGAGAUCAACAAACUGAACCAGUUACCUUUAAAAAAUAAAGAGCUUACAGAGCAGGUUUCCAGCCUGAAGGAAAAGAUCGCCGAAUUGGAGAAAGAAGAUGUGGAGACGGGCAGCGUCAGCACCGUCAGCAAAAUGGAAGACGCUACCAUGUUGAAGGACGUCGAGGACAGCUUUGAAGCACGGUUCACAAAGCUGAAGGCAGUGGCAAUCAGGCUGAAGCAGAAAUGCAUGAAUCAGGCAGAGACGGUGGCCAAGCUGACAGCGGAGAAAACUGAAACGCAGACCAAACUUGCCAACAUCAGCAAGGAACGCGAAACGCUGGCCAAAAAUCUGCAAAGCAUGCAGGCGGCAUGUGACAGGAGUGCGGACGAAGCUGAGGCCGCCAAGGAAAAGCUCAAGGGAACGGAAAAGCAGUUGACCAGGGCUGGAGAAGAACUCGCAAAAUCGAGGAGUCAGUAUGUCGAAGCCUGCGAAAAAAUUUCCACAGGAGAAGCUAAACUGAAGCAAAUCAAAGAGGAACUCGACGCCGCGAAAGCUGAAAUUAAAAGACACACUGUAUUAAACUUGGAAGUGGCCGCUUACGAGAAGAGUGGCGCUGAGCAAGACCGCAAGUUGAAAGACAUGACGAAGGAGAUAGAAACCUUGAGCGCGCAACUGGAGUGCCAGAAAAAGCUGGCCAACGAAGGAAAGACCAGCAUAUCAGGCUGGGAAGAAAAAUAUACGACGCUGUUAUCUGCUAAGGAAAAACAAGACGACGAGCUUGCUGAGAGGAAAACGCACUCUCAAGAGCUGGAGACGAAACUCGCUGAAAAGGUACAGAAGCUCGCUGAGUCGGAAGCGAACUUUGAAGCGCAGAGGUCUCAGCUAGAGCGAGUUGAACUGAAUCUUGCUCACGUGUCAGCUGAGAAACUGAAAAUCGAAGAUGACACGAGCAGGCUGAAAGAACAAGUGUCGCGGCAAAUCAGGGUUAUGGAGGAGGAAGCGUCGAAUGCUCGUGCCACCAUCCAGGAGAGAGACGACGAAAUGGCCAAGCUGAGAUCAGAAUUUGAAGGCUACAAAGUCAGGGCUCAAGCAGCCUUGCACAGAGCUCAGCAGCAGCAACCACCAAAGGAGGAAAAUAAUCCAGACAGGGAAAGCGAGUUGUCCUUGUUGAAAGCUACCGUAGAGCGUCUGCAAACUGCCCUUUGUGAUGCUUCGAGUAAGGAGAAAGCUCUUCAAUUGGAAAUUUCUGCAAUCAGCGGGCAGUAUACAGAUAGUCAAACGACAACCAGACGCUUGAUCGACCAGAUCACAGAACUCAACGCCAGAAAUGAAGACCUCAGUGCAAAACUGAAAAAGACGGAAGACAGCCUGAAGGAAACAAACAGACAGCAAAAGCUGACGGUCGACACACUGGCCAGCUCGUACAAACAACAACUAAUGGAGGCUGAGACUCGACACAAAGCGCAAAUGGCCAGUCUGAUGGAGGAGAAAAAGGAGCAGGCACCGCAUGAAGAGCUGGCUCCACCGGUGUCUCUGCAGAGGAGAGAAGAAGGCGAAGGCUCGGAAAAUGUCGACUCCUUGAAAGGCAACGCGAGCAUAAACAGUAGGGAGCCGAUUCCUCUCGACCGUUUGCUCUCCAGCUCCAGCGACUACGCAGACGACGCCAAAAGCGAGGCCUCCUUUGACGCUGCAAGCAUGAUGUCAUCAACCAUCGCCUCCGAGAAGAGGGUCAAGCACUUAUCUGCGCUGCUGAGCGAGUCUGAAGCCGACCUUGCCCGCUUGACGCACCAAAAUGCCAUCCUCAAGGAGGAAAUCAGGAGACAGCAGCGGUGUGCCGAGCGUCUGCAGCACACAGAGAAGAACGGUGAGUAUCUGAAGAAUGUCGUGCUCAAGUUUGUGACGCUGCAGAGUGGAGACGAACGCGCCCGCUUGGUACCUGUGCUGAACACAAUCCUAAAACUGAGCCCAGAAGAAAUGCAACAGUUGCAGACUGUUGCCACCCCCACCACCCCUACCACGCCGACGCCCAACCAGGGUGGUUGGGGCAGCUACCUCCACCUGUGGUCGGGCACCCACUAACGACGUGCUUCCUCUUUGGUUCUCCUAGUGGUUAUUUUCAAUCCUGACAUUCCCAUUUAAAAAUCAGGUGAAAAAUUUUAUGUUUCUGUUCGUUUUUUUGUCGUGUGCUUCAAGUCAAAGAAUACUGUGAUUUUCUAUUGGAAUUUUAGGGUUGUAUUCAUUUAGGACCUGUAAGUCUCGAUCUGAGUGAGAGUGUAUCGCGUAACCUGGUAACCUUUUCAAGGUUUAUCCUCCUCAAUUAAAAGAUAGGCAUGAUAAUUCCUUUAAAGGAGAGGAUAAAGUGUAAUCAUUACUCCAAAAUUUAAGAGUGUUAUUUACAUGGCAGGAAGGAAUCUUAACAAAAAAAUUGCCUAAGUAUUUGUCAGGCACCUCCGCCACAUUGACCAAAAUUAAGGGUCCUAUUUGAAUACAGCCUCCACACGUAACAUACCAAUUUCAUGAUUCCAUCCUAGUAAUAAUAUUGCAUUUUGUAAAGAUGUCAGAUUUUAGAGUGUUAAUAAAUUGCCUGAAGUAUAAAA